AUGGUCAACUUAGCCGAGCGGAAAAGGAAGAACACGAAGCCGGGGGCGGAAGCAGCGGCGACGACCACCAUCGCCGCCGACAGCGACAAGAAGAGACCGCGACGAGUUAAGCGCACAAGGCCUAAAUGCGAGGAGAAAAAAGAAGAGGCGGCGGCGGUUGGAGGAGAUAUUGAAGAUUUGGGUUUUCGCAGAGACGAAGCCUUGGUGAUAAGGGCUUCUCUCCUGGAGUGGUACGACCGUAACCAGAGGGACCUUCCGUGGCGGAGAAUCAGCAGUAAUGGUGGAGAUGGGGACGAGGACGAGGACGGAAGCGAAAGAAGGGCUUAUGCGGUGUGGGUUUCGGAAGUAAUGCUUCAGCAGACUAGGGUUCAGACGGUAAUCGACUAUUCAACCGUUGGAUGCGGAAAUGGCCCACCCUUUGUCACCUCUCCCGCGCUUCUGUCGAGGUUCUGUUUCUUGAUUGAGGUGAAUGAAAUGUGGGCAGGUUUGGGCUAUUACAGACGGGCACGCUUUCUGCUUGAGGAAGGUCAGGGAAUUGGAGAUUAUACAGCUGGUGCAAUUGCCUCUAUAGCAUUCAAAGAGCCUGUGCCUGUGGUUGAUGGGAAUGUCAUCAGGGUGGUGGCUAGACUAAAGGCCAUUGCUGCAAAUCCAAAAGAAUCAGCAACUAUCAAGAACUUUUGGAAACUUGCAGGGCAAUUAGUUGAUCCUUCCAGACCUGGAGAUUUCAAUCAGGCUCUAAUGGAACUUGGUGCCACAGUAUGUACUCCCUUGAACCCCACCUGUGCUGCUUGUCCUUUAUCAGCCUACUGCAGUGCACUCUCUCUCUCUAAACAUGGAUCAGUGGCAGUUACAGAUUAUCCUACAAGGGUUGUAAAAACUAAGCAAAGACAUGAUUUUUCAGCUGUUUCUGUUGUGGAGAUCAUAGAGGGACUUGAUUCUGAUGGUAGAUUUCUCCUAGUAAAGAGGCCUGAUGAAGGUUUACUUGCUGGCCUCUGGGAGUUCCCAUCUGUUCUUUUGGAGAAAGAGUCUGACUUGGACACAAGGAGGAAUGCAAUUGAUCAAUACUUGAGGAAGUCUUUCAAUCUAGAUUUCAAAAAGUCAUGUAGUGUGGUUUUGAGAGAAGAAAUUGGGGAAUAUGUCCAUGUCUUCAGUCACAUUCGUCUCAAGAUGCAUGUGGAGUUGUUGAUUGUACAUCUGAAAGGUUUCACUUCUAUCACAACUUUCUCUCUGAUGCAGACACUCACAUGCACUUUUCACAUGGUAUAUUUAGAUUCUCCUUUACCUCCAUUGGACGUAGGUGGGAAGCACAUUUUGCAUGGAAAACAUGAAAGCAAAACCAUCGCUUGGAAGUCUGUUGAUAGCACGGACCUUUCAAACAUGGGAUUAUCAUCUGGCGUAAGAAAGGUAUAUGAAAUAUUUGUAUCCUGCAAUUUUUUCAUGACGGAAACUGAUGCUUGGCAUUCAAGUUACUUCUUUUCUGUUUCUUUUUUGGUUGCAUGA